AUGUCGAAAGCGUUUACGAUGGUGGUGGCUCUCUGCUUUUUACCGGUGCUGGUUAUGGCGGCUCGUCCGAACAAGAACCCGUUCGUCGUACGAGGUCGUGUCUUUUGCGACACAUGCCUUGCUGGUUUCGAAACUCCCGCAUCUACUUACAUUCCUGGAGCGGUGGUUAGACUGGAAUGCAAAGACAGGAGAACAAUGGAGUUAACAUACACCCACGAGGCGAGAACUGAUUCCACAGGAUCAUACAAGAUCUUGGUUAACGAGGACCACGAAGAUCAGUUUUGUGAUACCAUGUUGGUUAGUAGCUCACAGUUACGCUGCUCCAAUGUCUCCCCUGGCCAUGACCGUGCCCGUGUAACCCUCACCCGUUUUAACGGCAUAGCUUCAGAUGACCGUUUCGCCAACAAUUUGGGAUUUUUGAGGGAUGCAGCACUACCAGGUUGCGCAGAGAUCAUGAAGCUAUACCAAGAAACCGAGGACUAG